AAGUCAAAAUCCGACUAACGUGCGUGACAAUAAGACUCUUUCUUUCUUCCUUGGUUUCGGCCCUAAGCGUAUGGCGGUGAUCUCUCUGUCUCUGCUAUUUCUCUAGCGUCUGUGUUACUCCCGGUAGAAUAUUUGAGAAAGAAAGAGAGAAGGCGUCUCUGUAACCCUAUGGGCGGGGAUUUGAUGUUUAUACUUGUACUCUGUAUGUAUCUACUUGUAUAGAAAUCUUCGGCAAUUUCUGGCGAAACUUAUGGACGACGAUUCACGUUAUGUCGGUCUCUCUAAGCACAGUAUUGUAGAUCUCCACAUUGAUAUAGAGGACGAAAGCGAGGAGGACGAUGAUUUGAAGCCGGAAUAUGUAUGCCCGUUCUGUUUGGAGGAUUUCGACCUCGUCGGUUUCUGCUGCCACAUCGAUGAAGCCCAUCCGGUUGAGGCCAGGACUGGGAUUUGUCCUAUUUGUGAGAAACGGACAGGAAUCAAUACAGCUGUCCACAUAAUCACGCAACAUGGAAGCAUAUUAAAGGCUAUAUAUAAGAAGAAACUGUGUGGAGGUGGAGUUUAUUCUUCCUUAUCUUCAUUGAGGAAAAAUACAGAGGAUGAACAUCUAGAACCUUUUCUUGAUGGGUCCUCAUGUGUAGUUCCGUCCUCCAAUUUGACUGCUGAUCCAUUACUUUCAUCAUUCAUCUAUAAUCCCCCAGCAGCUGAUGCGCCUGAGAGUCUACAGUCUAGCUUUACAACCAAGGCAAAUUUAUCACAAAAUAGCUCAGGUCAUAAGAUAUCAGAAAGAGCUGAUGGUUUUAUGAUGUGGUGGCAGAGCCAUUUCUUCACCUAAGCAGAACAAGGAUGAGAAGGCCCAGAAGUAUUGGUUUGUACAGGGGUUGCUGUAUUCCAUCAUCCAUGAAGAUUUGUCAAUGAGGUAGAACUUUUGUAGCAGCAGCAGCUAUCAAUUGUUAACAGGGAAGUUGAGAGUAGGCAGGUAUAAUUGGUGGUCCAUUUAACAUUCAGAAUGAAGCUUUUGCUUAGAGGUAGGAUAUGAAUGCAAUGCGUUUUAAAAAUCAGUCUACUUAGUCAGGGCAGAAAAUAGGUGUUAGUAUCUGUUUUGCUGAUAGGGCCCUCUCAAUGUGAAUGAUUGAAAUAUCUGACUGAUCUAUCUACUACUACGGUUGAUUGUCUGUUUGUAGAAUUGCUUCUAGUUGCCACGUGGGUGAUUUUUGCUAAAAGAAGAAUUGCCAGCCUA